AAAGGAUUAAGGAUACAUAUAUAUCAUAAGAUAAAUAGAUAUAUAUGCCAAAUAUAAAAAUCAUAAAGUGAAUAAGAAUAUUUAAUUUCAUUUAAUUAAAUCUUUAUUAAUUAUUAAACAAGCUCAAAAUUAAAAUAAUAAAAUAAAAUAAGUAUCAAAAUGUCACUUUUUAAUUAGAAUUAAGGAGUCUAAAUUGGCGGGUAAAAGCCAGGUGGUCUUUUUUAAACCACCACUACAGGAUAGCAAGGAGGUGGUUUAUUUAAUAAUUAGCCUUCUUUAUAAUUAGGCGGAAACUAAACAGGUGGACUACCUGUCUUUGGAGGAAAUUAAUAACCUGCAGCAGGAGGAACCAUUUUUAAUAAUCCUAUAGGAUAGUAAGCUCCAGCUUAAGGUUAAGGUGGUAUUUUUGCUAACUAAAAACCAAUAGUCCAAAAUUAAACAUAAACUAACAAUUAAUAGCAAAUUUAACAUACUGUUUAGUCAUAAACAUGGAAAGAAGCUAAAUAAUUGUAUUAAUAGCUUUAAAAUGUAAAAAAAGAAUAAAUUUCAAUAGAAAGAGAUGUAAAUGUUAGUGAUAACAAUAAUAUUUAUGCUCAUAAACCAGUAAACAUUUUGCCUAAAGAAUUCUUUGAUGAACUGACAAAUAUUAACAAAGAUAUUUAAAAAACUGAGCAAGAUGUAGCCAAACUCGUCGAUUCUUAGAGAGAGCUAUUUAAUUAAAUAUAAGAAACAAGAAAAGUUAUUUAGCAAUCAAGUCUUUCUUUAAAAUAAACUGCAUAGUAAGUAAAAGAUAUUUAAGAAACAGUUAACGAAUUGAUUACAGAGCAAUAAGAUCAAAAAUAAUACAUCACUAAUUUCUUCUAUACCUUUACAAAUUACUUAGAAAACCACUAGUUCCCUCGUCUUAUAUUGCCUCAACCAUUUAUUAUUAAAGCUCAAGAAAAAUUCUAACUUAAGCUAGAGAAACUUUAACGUCAAAUUGAUGAAGUAGAGCAAAUGCUUUAAGUAGAAAUUUAAAAGAGAAAUGAUGAAGAAGAAUUAGCAUUCAUAUUCGUUAUUGUUGAAUAGUUAUUCAAAUAUUUCAAUAAUGUAACAGCUCUCGUUUAUGAAUUCCAUAAGCACUACGAAAGUUUCCGUAUGAAAAUAGUUCAUAUUCAAGACUAGAGAGAAUUUGGAUUUGCCUCUGAUCUAAAUGAAUCAACUAAGCAAUCUCUUAAUGAAGAGAAUCGUUACUUUAAGCUGCUUUCAAACAUUUCAGAUAAUUUAGAAAAAUAAAUUAGAAAACAUGAAGAAGAACAGUAAAUUAAGCAACCAAACGAAAAAAGAAUCUGA